AUGGACUUCCCAACGACAGCCCAGCCCAACACGACAUGGGACGACACCGCUUACACGUCCGGGUACCUGUUCUGCCAGACGUCCGGAAUGCUCAUGUCCAUCCUCGGCGUCGUCUCCAACCUGAUCAACGUUUCCGUCUUCAUCAAGCAGGGCCUGCACGAGCGGGUCAACUUCGCUCUCUUCUGUCUGUCCGUCAGCGAGUUCUUCGCCUCCCUCAACGCCUUCGCCGUGACGCUGACUAUCUUCUUCAGCAUGUACCCGCCCAGCGCGACCGUCGACUGGGUGGCCAUCGUCAUGUUCUUCUUCUGGUUCCGUGGUCUAUUCGCCGACACCUCUUCUUGUCUGACGCUCUUCAUCUCUAUAGAGAGAUGCUACUGCGUCAUGCAACCUUUUAAAUUCAAUACUACUUUCACUUUCAAAACAACAAAGAUGGUCGUGUUGUUUAUUUUAGUUUUCGUCAUCGCAAGUUAUCUCCCCUUGAUGUCUUCAAUGAGAUAUACAUACUACACAAAUCCUGAGUUAAAUAUAACAAUUUUAACAGCCGAAUAUUUACAGUUGUAUUACUGGAUGGUCACCUACAAUGACUACGUGUUAGGGAUCUUACUGGCCAUCGUGUGUCAGGUGUGUAUUUUCGUGUGUGCUGUGCUCAUGUACCGGGGACUGCGCAAGUCCACUGAGAUCAGGGACCACACGCGGGAGUUUCAAGUCUCAGAAAGCCAAACCGGCAAACUGGCCAGGGACAAGUUGCCGGGUUUGUCCAAAAAAGAAAAACGUGUUGUGAAACUGGUGUUGAUGUUAGCCAUUCUGUACCUGCCCACAGGUAUCCCGCAGAUCAUUUACGCUAUCUUUAGGGGCUACAUCCCGGAGAAGUAUUACUUCCUGUGCGCAUGCGUCGUGUUGUUUUUCGUCACAGCCAACGGUUCAUUCGCGAUAUUCAUUUAUUAUAAUUUCAGCUCGGUGUACCACAGCACUUUGUUAUGUCAAAACAAAAGUGGGAAAAAUUUGAAGAGAAAAAAUUCUCAUUGA